GCGCGCUGGAAGGGUAUACAACUUGGGACAUUGUGGUGACAGCGGAAUGUAUGUAUGGUGAUGAGAGCAUGUUGAUGUGGCAUUUGGCUGAGGUGGCACUGCAUUGCGUUGUGGGUGGUACCGAGGCUAUGACCGGUGUCGGGACUGAGGAAAUCAAAGAAAAUCAAGGCCCCAUGCAACCGAAGUCAUUAAAGGGAGAAUGGGUGAAUUGGAACUCGCUAGGGGGGAUGCGGCGAGCCGUUAUCAUGCUCAAUGGGUUAGAGAUAGCAGCUAUAGAAGAUGAGCCGGUGGUCGAUAUCAUCUGGAAUCAGCUUCCGGGCCGCGGGCUGCAAGUCAACUUCAUUUUGGAAAACGACGGACGCGAUAGGGUGAACGCGACUACUCGACUAGGGACGGCUGGGAGAAGGAUUAUUUGUGACAUCGUGAUGAAGGAAGUUGCCGAAGGCUCCUCGCCCCAGGCAGAGCCCGAGGCCGGGGAACUAGAGAAAGUCUAUGGGAAUCCAAGGGAAGAGGAGCCUACAAACAAAGUUACCGCUGCUAAAAAGAAGUUUAGAUACCGAAUCCCGAUCUUAACUAUGCCAGAGAUCGAUGACACCCUUAGCAAAUUACUAGGAACCAUGGUAUCGGUGUCGUUUCAGACCAUGCUGAAGGCCAGCCCUAGGUUGCUCAAAGGGCUUAGACAAUUGUUGACUCGACGGCGAGUAGAGAUAGACGAGAACCCCGAGGCACCAGAAGAAGAAAGGGAGGAGGAAGCCCCGCAAGAGGUUGCUAACCUUCAAAGGAGUCGCGGGGAUUUAGAGGAUCUUGAGAAAGCUUUUGCAGACAUCCGCAUGAGCUUGCCAGACCGAGAAGGUGGUGAGGUCAUGAGGGAACCUCCUAGAACAAAGCUUAGCUUCCAUGCGCUACCCGUGGGGAAGAUGAAAAUCCAGAUCGGGACUCAUCAUACUGACGCAUUAGUAGACGGGGGAGCGGAAAUCACUCUCAUAAGGAGGGAUUUCGCAACGAUCACGGGCUGUAUGUUCAAAAAGGAGGUCUUAACCAUCUUACAUUGCCUCAAGACCUUCCUGACCUACCUAUUUGGGAGGCGGUUCAUCUUAAGGAUCGAUCCGACGAAUGUCGCAGGGGCCUUAAAGAACUACAUGCCUAUAGAUCCGACGGUGGGGAGAUGGGUAGGAUUUAUCUGGCAGUUCGAUUACAAGAUCGAACGGAUUGCUGGAAUCAGAAACGAGGCGGAUGGGUGGAGUCGGGUCUGCAUCACUCCCGAAGGGGUGGAGGAUGUGGAACCCAUAGAUGCGUUCCUUGAAUUCGAAGGAGGAACUCUUGCGGUGGACAACGAAAUGAUGGACGAAGAUAGCGCAUCGGGAGAACUGUUAAUCCGGACUUUGGAGAAGGGGGCGCCUGCCGUAGUAGCAGAACUUAGAGAAGGAUCGGUCACCACUCGAGGUCGUAAAGAGGAGAGAGAUUCAUGGAGAGCGAUAGUAGGACCGAAGGAGGAACUAAUAGCAAUGGCGGUUGAGGGAGGUCGAGAAACCGUGAUGAGCUUAGUGGAAUCCUGGGGAAGGAAAGAGUUGCAAUGGAAGGCCAAUGCACCUGUGGAAAGAGGGCACCGAACCUUAAAGAACACGAUUGCGAAGCUCGCAGCGGAUCGUCUCGGAAGCUGGCCUAGGUUAGAUGAUGAUCCGCGAAUGACCACGGAAGAGUUAAUCGAGGCAAGGUGUCAACAAGUCCUUAAGAACGAAGAAGUCAUGGAAGACAUUGCCAACCAGGUACUGGACAACAGAAUGAGGGAUAAAGCAAGCAAGUACGCCACGUGGCAAGUGCAACCUCACCAUAUAGUCCCACGUGGCAAGUGCGGCCUCACCGAAUCCCCUGCUAUGGGGAGGACGCAUUUGCCACGCGGCAUACUUACCCCAUCAUCUAGUCCCACGUGGCAAGUGCGGAGGUGGCGAUGGGAGCGGGAUGGCGACGCCGAGGUGGCGACGCCGUCUCGGCGUCAAGGUGGCGUACUUGCCCCAUCAUCUAGUCCUACGGGCAAGUGCGGAGGUGGCGACGGGAGCGGCAAGUACGCCACGUGGCAAGUGCAGCCUCACCAUAUAGUCCCACGUGGCAAGUGCGGAGGUGGCGACGGGAAUGGCAAGUACGCCACGUGGCAAGUGCGGCCUCACCAUAUAGUCCCACGUGGCAAGUGCGGAGGUGGCGACGCCGAGGUGGCGAUGGGAGUGGGAUCGGGAAGCGGAGGUGGCGACUCAGGGCGUGGGAUCGGGAGUGGGAUUGGGAAGCGGAGGUGGCGACGCAGGGCGCGGGAUCGGGAGUGGGAUCGGGAAGCGGAGGUGGCGACGUCGAGGUGGCAACGCAGGGCGCGGGAUCGGGAGUGGGAUCGGGAAGUGAAGGUGGCGACGGGAUCGGGAUCGGGAUCUUAAAGCGGAGGUGACGAUGGGUAGCACACUUCGCACGUGCCAAACAUCGCACGUGCCAAACAUCGCACGUGGUGCACUUUCCGCAUCACGUCAAGGUUGCGGUCAGGUCACCAAGUAAUCAAUCAAUCAAUCAAUCAAUCCAUCCAUCCAUCAAUCAAUCAAUCAAUCAAUCAAUCAAUCAAUCAAUCAAUCAAUUAAUCAAUCGAGCAAUCAAUCGAUUAAGUAAUCAAUCAAUCAAUCAAUCAAUCAAUCAAUCAAUUAAUCAAGC